GCGCGCGCGCGCGCGCGUGUGCGCGUGCAUGUGUGUGUUGUCUUCCCCCCACAUUCACUGUGACGUUUGAUUAAAGUUGUAAGAUGGCGACGGUGCAUCUGAGGAUCGGGGACCUGGUGUGGGGGAAGCUUGGCCGUUACCCACCAUGGCCAGGAAAGGUAGUAAGCCCUCCAAAGGAUCUGAAAAAGCCCAGGGGCAAAAAAUGCCACUUUGUGAAGUUCUUUGGAACUGAAGACCAUGCUUGGAUUAAAGUAGAACAGCUGAAGCCCUACCAUGCCCACAAAGAGGAGAUGAUCAAGAUAAAUAAAGGCAAGCGCUUCCAGCAGGCAGUGGAUGCAGUGGAGGACUUCCUGAAGAAGGCCAAGGGAAAAGAACAGAACUCUGAGGGCAAAGGAGACUCGAAAGGAAAGAGGACGCCCAACAAGCCACUAAAAAUACUGGAGGAGGAUGACGAGGAUCUCAGUGCGCUGAAGGACCCCUCUGAGAAGGACUUGACUGACUCUGACCCCGAGCCAUCAACUGUUGAGAGGCUGGGGGCUGGACCUGGCUCAGGAUUCAAAUGGGAAAGCAGUCCUGUGAAAGAUGACCCACAUUUCCAUCACUUCUUGCUGAGCCAGUCUGAGAAGAGCGUGUUCAUCUCCUGUUCAUCUCCUGUUCAUCUGCCUCCCUGCUCACAGCCAGCCUCAUCCAUGGAGCCCAUCAGCAAGCGUCUCAAGGUCAUUGAAGAGGUCACGGGGUCAACCUCUAUCCAAGCAGCAGACAGCACAGCCAUCAAUGGCAGCAUCACACCCACUGAUAAAAGGAUAGGGUUCCUGGGUCUGGGGCUGAUGGGUAGUGGCAUUGUUUCCAACCUGCUGAAAAUGGGUCACGUGGUCACAGUGUGGAAUCGCACAGCAGAAAAGUGUGACCUGUUCAUUCAGGAAGGGGCCAGGUUAGGCCGCACCCCUGCGGAGGUGGCCUCAAUGUGUGACAUCACUUUCUCCUGCGUCUCUGACCCAAAGGCUGCCAGGGAUUUGGUGCUGGGACCCAGUGGAGUGCUGCAGGGAAUCAGGCCAGGAAAGUGCUAUGUAGAGAUGUCCACUGUAGACCCAGAAACCAUCACAGAACUCUCACAGGUGAUCACCUCACGGGGAGGCCGUUUCCUGGAGGCUCCGGUGGCAGGAAGCCAGCAGCUCUCCAAUGAUGGGAUGCUGGUCAUCCUGGCAGCAGGUGACAGGACGGUGUAUGAAGACUGCAGCAGCUGCUUCCAGGCCAUGGGCAAGACUUCCUUCUUCCUGGGUGAAGCAGGCAACGCAGCGAGGAUGAUGCUGAUCCUCAACAUGGUGCAGGGCAGCUUCAUGGCCACCAUUGCAGAGGGGCUGACUCUGGCCCAAGCCACCGGCCAAUCACAGCAGACCUUCCUGGAUAUCCUGUGCCAGGGACAGAUGGCGAGCACCUUUGUAGACCAGAAAUGCCAAAAUAUUUUACAGGGUAACUUUAAACCAGACUACUAUUUGAAACACAUUCAGAAGGAUCUGAGGCUAGCCAUCUCCAUGGGAGACAUGGCCAACCAUCCAACCCCAAUGGCUGCAGCUGCCAAUGAGGUUUAUAAGAGGGCUAAGGCGCUGGACCAGUCAGACAACGACAUCUCUGCAGUCUACAGAGCCUACAUCCACUAGAGUGCAGUCUUUGAUCGCUUCUUCUUUUCUCCUUGUUAUUUUCCUGCUUGAUUUCUCCCUGUCCAAGCGGCAGCCACGAGUCAUGGAAAAACCUUUUUUUUAUAUAAAUUUGAGGCAACCUUGAGCGCUGUACUUGACUGUGCUGAUGGUGUGUUCAGACCAACGGUGUGUGAGUGUCGUGCAGUAGAUGAGUCAUGGUAGAUGUAGAUCUCAGGAGCUAACCUGGUUGUCUUGCUUUCAUUUCAAAUGCUUUUAUUCCCCAUUUCUGACUCGUCAACAUCUGACAGGCCAUCUUUUUUCUUCUCGACAGAUCGUAGCCAUUUCCUGAAAAAGUCCACAUGAUAAAAGCAGCAGGAGCUUACAGGACACGAGUAUAAUCGCGAGGUUUUCCUGCUGUGUUCUCUCGAGGACUCAAACGUGAUGUAAUGAUUUCAGUGCUGGUGGGAAAGCAGCUCAUAGUAUUUGGUCUGAACACACUGUGAGUGAGUUGCUGGUUUGAAGACACCAGGGCAGAGCACACUGACUCCGUCUGUUAAAAAAAACAACCGUAUGAUUUUUUUUUUAUUAUUAUUUGUGUGCAAAUGAAGAGUUUAUUUAACUUAGUGUGAUAUUUUAUUUCCUUUUUUUUUUUUUUUUAAAUCAAUGAGAGAAAACACCAACAACACGUCACUGCAUUGCCUUAAUAUUGUAACCCUCUCAAUGGUCCAUGUAUUUAUUUCUGCUUGUUUCCAGCUCUGAUGUGUGCUUUGAUGUUGCUGUUAAAACAGAGCAACAGGCCACGCGAGGCCUUUCACAUGCAGUAACAGGCAAAAAGCACUCGUCAUGUUCAGUCCCUUCAUUCUGUUGUUUUUGGAAGAAUUUUCAUUGUUUUUGUUUUAAUAUAUUCUCCUGCAACAAGAUUAAUCUAGUUGAGUUGUAUUUUAACUGAAGUUUCUAAUGAAUCGUUAGUGUCAUGUUUUCUUCUUUUAAGUUAUAAAAACAAGUGUUUGGCUUUAGAAAAACAUGAGACUUGCAUUAAAGAAACAAGCUAAUCAAACUGUUUGAUGUGGUUUAGUGGAGGCAGUGUUUUACAGUCAGAGGGAGGGCUCUCUCUGACCUGAGCUCCUCCUACCACAGGAAGUUGUGAGUGGGAGCUUAUGUCAUUCCAGCCUUAGUCAGACGCUGAGGGUCAUUCCUUCAACAGGAACUCUGAUUUCCAACUGGGGAAGUCGGAUCAACCCUGACAUGGGAUUUAAGAUGGCUGCCACUCGUAUAAACACCCCCACCUCCUGAUAAUUACCCUUGUGUUACAGUACUCAGUACCUGUCUAUGUGUGUACAGUGUUUUUAUUGACUGCUAUUGCUUUUGUCAACAAAAAAAGGAGUAAACAAACAGAUCGUCUUAGUUUAGUGAUGAGUUUUUGCCGUGUGACUUGUGAAAUGACAACAUGUCAGUAUGUCCGCACGUGAACGUCAAGCUUGUGCUGCAUUCCAUUUACAUCGCAGCUCAGAAGUCGGAGGUGGGAGUGACGUCACCGCUGUGCACCGUUCACCUGGCAGAAGCAGUCAAUAACAAAACUGCAGCGAAGCCACAUGCCUACAGUCAUACUAUUACUAUUAUUAUACACUACGUGUACCACUGACUUACUGUGUCAGUGUCUGUGUGAAGCAGCCGUCUUGUAGUCCCAUGCAGGGCGUGGUGAGUGUGCUCUUAGUUGGACUGGAACAUUAACGGGAAAAUCCAAGUUCCGACCUAAAGUGGAAUGUACCGUUGUAUUAAAGAUCAUUUAGAAUGCAUGCGUCCAUCACUGCGCGCUAUCCGUUGUAAAGCACCUGAAACACGUUUGUACACGUCUAAAGUAAGGAUCAACACUGGGGUAGACAUGGAACCUUGUGACUGAAAAACUGCAGCUCACAAUAUUCAUCUGAACAAUAAAAAGUCACUCAACACAGUUAUUUUUUGUUUUUGCAUCGCAGACAGAUACACGAGAGGUAUUUGUGGCGCAGACUCCCCCUGGUGAGACUUAAUCAUUACAACCAUGUUGGUGAGCUGGACCAAUGGUUUUCAAAGCUUGGCUUGGGACACACAGAUGAGUCAUGGGACUUGGGUCACAGCCAUUGAUCAGUUUUGGGAAACGCUGGGCUAGAUGGCAUAUACAACAUGUAUAAUACAUCAUUAUUAUAGUCCACUGUAUCAUGAAAUGAAAAAAGACCUCUAUCCAUGAAUGAGUGAAUGAGUCUCUAUCAUUAACAAAAUAAUGCAGUUUUGAAUGAAUUAUCCCACAUCCCAUUUUGAAAGAUUUGCCAAAAUGAAUAAUAUUUGAUGUUUUUAACUGAGGUAGAGAACUGUUUUUAGAAGCCUUGUAAAUAGUUUUAGGUUGACCAUAGUCUUUCUUCUAUGUCUACAAUAACUAGAAUCAAUGACGUCAACUUGUCUUUAGUUUGAAAUGCAACAGGACAACGGCGUCACCUUUUUCUGUCUUAAACCGGUCGAUUGUUCAAGUGUAAAUGGUUCAUUGAUUUGUGGCUUAAAUAAUAAAUCGUUGAGUUAGAUCAUGUAUGAAGAAAGGGUGCUUUUGGGGGGAGCUGUAUGAUUUUGUGUACAUGGGAAAUAUCAAGACAUGAGUAACUGGUUGUUGAAUAAAUCCUCUCCUGAUCACUGA